GUCACUGGUCCCUGAUCGGAGAGCCUAUAAAUGGACAGCUCCCGGCUCCGACUGUGACUGCAGCUUCUUCUUCUUCUUCUUCUUGUUCCUGUAUCUGCUGCUGCUGCAGAACGCAAGUCCUCUCGGGAUUCGAGUGCCCUGCGGGGAACAGUCAUUCCUCUUCUUUGCUCUCUUCAUAUGUCUCUUGGCUAAAGCUGAAGUGGAGAGAUUUGUGCACACAUUACUGCCUUUGCUGAUUUGUUUCGAGAGCUCGUAAGUUGUUCUCCCCUCAAGUUCCGUUGACAGAUGGAGAAUGGUAUAAAAGAGAAUGGAGAGAAAGAAAGAUUGGAUGAUACUUCUCGGCACAAGGUUCAACCUGAGCAACCUGCUCCACUGACUUGGCACCGCAAGUUAAGUUUUGAAGGGAGAACGCCUUCGAAGUUUACUUUAACUCUUCAAGAAAAGCUGCAUUUGGCUCCAAUAGGUGUUCGGUUGUGGCAUCAUUCCAAAGAAGAAGCUGUUCAUGGAAGAGAUACAAUAUUCGAUUUUACUAAAAAGCGCCACGUAACUGGUCACCAGGGUGUUCCUUUGGGUGGUAUUGGUGCAGGAAGCAUUGGGAGAAGCUACAAAGGCGAGUUUCAACGGUUUCAACUAUUUCCAAAAGUAUCUGAAGAUGCACCAAUUCUAGCAAAUCAGUUCUCUGUUAUGGUUUCACGUCCGAAUGGUAAAAAGUUUUCAACAGUAUUAUGUCCAAAAACCAAAGAAUCAACAGGUUCAGGGACUGAAUUUUGGGAUUGGAACUUGAAUGGGGAUAAGUGUACAUACCAUGCUUUGUAUCCAAGGGCAUGGACAAUCUAUGAUGGUGCACCUGACCCAGAUCUCAGAAUCGUAACUCGUCAGUUAUCGCCAAUAAUCCCCCACAAUUACAAAGAGAGCAGUUUUCCAGUCUCUGUUUUUACCUUUACGGUUUCCAAUCAAGGAAGAACUUCUGCUGAUGUCUCCUUGCUCUUUACAUGGGUGAACUCCGUGGGAGGAGUAUCAGGUUUUUCUGGCGGGCAUUUCAACUCUAAUAUGGAGACCAAUGAUGGUAUUCAUGGAAUUCUCUUACAUCACAGAACUGCAAACGGACAUCCACCAGUAACUUUCGCUAUUGCAGCUGAGGAAUCUUCUGAUGUACAUAUCUCAAAGUGUCCUUAUUUCCUGAUUUCCGGUACAUCCCAUGGUUUCACAGCAAAGGAUAUGUGGUAUGAAAUUAAAAAGAAUGGGUCAUUUGAUCAUAUCGUCCGGAAUGAUAAUCUUGUUCCAUCAGAAGCGGGGUCGUCUAUCGGUGCUGCCAUAGCAGCCUCUGUAGUAGUUCCUCCAGGAUCUGUUCGUACGGUUACAUUUUCAUUGGCAUGGGAUUGCCCGCAGGUGAGAUUUGGUGACAAUGUGUAUUACAGUAGGCGCUAUACAAAAUUUUAUGGGACUAAUGGGGAUGCAGCAGCAAAGAUUGCACGUGAUGCUAUUCUAGAGCAUACGCAGUGGGAGUCCCAGAUAGACACUUGGCAAGGACCAAUUCUUUGUGACAGAAGGCUCCCUUCAUGGUACCCAGUUACACUUUUCAAUGAGCUCUACUAUCUGAAUUCAGGUGGAACCAUUUGGACAGAUGGUUCACCUCCUGUGCGGAACUUAUUGAGCGGACAUGUGAAAUUUUCACUUGACCAGGCCAAGUUAGGUUUGAAAAAUGUGGUGGACAAUGACACGGCUGUUGAAAUAAUUGAGAGAAUGGCAUCGACCUUAUCCCGAAUCCAUGGUUCCGUGACAUCAAAUACUGCUUUCGGGACCUGUUUGCUCCAGGACGGGGAAGAAAAUAUUGGACAGUUCCUUUACCUAGAAGGAAAUGAAUACCUCAUGUGGAAUACAUAUGAUGUCCAUUUCUAUUCAUCUUUUGCACUUAUCAUGCUAUAUCCAAAGCUUGAACUCAGCAUCCAACGAGACUGUGCAGCAGCAGUGAUGCUACAUGAUCCUCAAAAGAGGAAAAUCAUGAGUGAUGGAAAGUGGGUUCCUCGCAAGGUUCUUGGAGCUGUUCCCCAUGAUAUUGGACUAAACAAUCCAUGGUUUGAGGUUAAUGCUUAUAACCUGUUCAAUACAGAUAGAUGGAAGGACUUAAACCCAAAAUUUGUCCUUCAAGUUUACAGGGACUUUGUUGCAACUGGUGAUAUCAACUUUGCAAAAGCCGUUUGGCCUUCAGUUUAUAUUGCAAUGGCCUACAUGGAUCAGUUUGACAAAGAUGGGGAUGGGAUGAUAGAAAAUGAGGGCUUUCCUGAUCAAACUUAUGAUGCAUGGUCUGUUACUGGAGUAAGCGCGUACUGUGGUGGGCUCUGGGUGGCUGCCCUUCAGGCUGCUUCAGCCAUGGCACGUGAAGUUGGUGAUAUUGCUUCUGGAAACUAUUUUUGGGUUAAGUACCAAAAGGCAAAAGUGGUCUAUGACAAGUUAUGGAAUGGUUGCUACUAUAACUAUGACAUCAGUGGAAGUCGUGCAAGUGCAUCAAUUCAUGCAGAUCAACUAGCUGGACAGUGGAUUGCCAGAGCAUGCGGUCUUCUCCCAAUUGCUGAUAAUGACAAAAUCCGAAGUGCGCUUGAAAAAGUCUUUGAGUUUAAUGUAUCAAAGAUGAAAGGAGGGACUCGUGGAGCAGUCAAUGGAAUGUUGCCUGAUGGAAGAAUUGAUAUGUCGGCGAUGCAAUCAAGGGAAGUAUGGCCAGGAGUUACAUAUUCUUUGGCUGCUUCCAUGAUCCAAGAGGGAAUGAUGGACAUGGCAUUUCAGACUGCAGCUGGCAUCUAUGAAGCAGCUUGGUCGGAAAAAAGUCUUGGUUUUGCUUUUCAGACUCCAGAAGCAUGGAAUGAAAAUGAUGAAUUCAGAUCACUUUGUUACAUGAGGCCACUGGCUAUUUGGGCAAUGCAGUGGGCCUUGUCCAAACCCAAACUUUUUGGACAGGAAAUCAAACGAGAAAGUGAUGAAUCGCCAGACUUCAGCCAUCACGCCAGUUUUUCGAAAAUCGCAAGUCUUCUGAAGUUGCAGGAUGAGCCACCCAAGGGCAUCUUUCAAAUUCUUUAUGAGUCCACUUGCAGGAGACUCGCAUCCUGAUUCUUGUUAUUUACCUGCUAUUGUGGUUGAUUAUGCAAAAUAAGCAAAUCCGAACAGCAGUGCGGUCAUGUUGGCAUCUUUCGUGGGAGACUCACUAACCAGCCUAAGCAGAAAAUCUAUCAGCUGCAAUCUCGAAACCCGACAUUGAAAAUUGUCCAGUGUGAUUUCCUUGAGGGAUUAAUCCAUAUAGUUUCAAUGAAGCAUUUCAUUGUCCUGAACAAACAUGCUUGGCAGCUUGGCCAUUCAUUAUGAUGUUCUAUAUGUAUACUGCCUAUGUUUGAGUGAAGCACAUUGCUUUCAUUUGUCCUUA